GUUCAAAGCUGUCGCAUUCAGCUUCAAGCUCUGCAGAGCCUCUGACUCCAACCAGGUACGUGGGCAUCAGGUCGGUAGCCAGAGGGGACAAGGAUCCUGCAGAAAGGCAGUAAGAACCGCCGAUGCUCCCUUAGUAGAAAGGUAGCAGCUAUCGAUGAGAGUGUACAGAGAGCGUUAUGGAUGGCAUGUCCCUGUGCUGGGUCAGUGAUCACACUGGCUUCCGUGGCAUAAUUAAAAAUUCUGCCAGUGACUUUGUGGUGACUGAGAUCAAUAUGCAUGGGCAGCUAGUCAGUGAUGUUGAAGCUGAUUGCAGCCAGGAUUCUGAUAACAUUGAAAGUGAGCAAGAAAAGGCUCAUCCGAUACAGAAGAAGAGAAUGAAGAAACCAGAAAAAGCACUGGAAACAUUUUCUGGUUUGCCAAUCUUUGACAAAUUGAAGGAUGCCAAUGUCGUGCACGGCAAGGUUAACCAGACUGCUGACAGCAAUUUACCUGAAUCUGCAGCUAACUCUCCUUCACUGCAAGUAUCGGAAACCCAGGGAGGUACCUUGCAUUUGCUUUUGGGUAGCUCGCUGUCAGAAAAGCUGGAAAAAUUUGCUUCUUUGGCUAAGGAAAGAAAAGCUGCUGAACAAGAGGGGACAGAAGACAAAGCUAGUCUUUUACUUGGAACCUUCGAAGAGAAAUGCCAACGAGCGGCCAUUCAUUUGGCUGUACGGCAGAAAUUUCCUUUCCUAAAGACUGUUACCAGCUGUGGAGAAAUUGAGGUCAGGCUUGACCCUCAAUAUUCGGAGCUUUGCCAGUUAGUGUCUGAGGAAGAAGCCAACGGGUUCUUUGGUUUCUUAGAUUCAAGAGAUAGAAGUUCCAAGUUCACAUUUCAGUCCGAUCAGAAUAAGGAGCACCGGAAGGCCAUCCACCAUUUUGUCAGCAAGUACUUUGGGAAACUGGUGGAAACAAAAAGUUUUUUGGAGCAAGAUGGCAGCAGUGACAAAGCUGCAGUGAUUACUGUGAGAUUUAGAGGCAAAAUCACAUCAGGCAGGAAACGAAAUGCCAACGAUUGCCAGGCAGUGCCAACAACUUACACGGCAUUUACCUUGUGUAAGGUGAACAUGGAAACCCUGGAAGCAAUUGCUUGCCUAGCAUCAGAGCUUGGUGUGGUGGCAUCAGAUUUCAGCUACGCGGGCAUCAAGGACAAAAAAGCUAUUACUUCCCAAUCGAUGGUGGUAAAGAACGUGACAAUCAACAGGUUAAAAGCAAAGCAACUGUCAAUCCAGAGCAAAGGCCUGAAUGUGUAUAACCUGCGCCGUGCAACUGAGCACUUACGGAUUGGCCAGCUGAAAGGAAACCAUUUCAGCAUCAUCAUCAGAAAUGUCAGCAAGCACCAGGAAGAUGAUCCUAACACGAGUCUUGCUGAUCAAGUGUUUGAAGCAAUUGAGAAUGUCAAGGAGAAAGGAUUUGUGAACUACUAUGGACCUCAGCGAUUCGGCCUAGGACAGAAUGUUCAGGCAGAUCAAGUUGGUUUGGCUCUUCUCGAGGGAAAAUUGGUGGAGGCUGUGCAUUUAGUCUUUACACCUGAAGAAGGAGAUGACCCUGUCAAUCAGGCCAAGAGACAUUUUAUUCAGACUGGGGAUGCCAAAGGGACACUUGCUUUGAUGCCAGAGUACAAAACGAGAGAGCGAAUGAUGUUGCGUGCAUUAAACCGCUAUGGCAACAAUCGGGAGGGUUGUGCCCGGGCUUGGCUUAGUUUGCCACACUCCAUGCGUGUACUUUACAUCCACUCGUAUUGCAGUAAGGUCUGGAAUAAAGCUGCAUCUUUUCGCUUGAAAACUUACGACCUGAAAGUUGUAGAGGGAGACUUGGUUGCCUGUGAUAAUCUCGAGUGGGAUCCAUCGAAUCAGGAUAAUUCUCAGGUGCACAUUGUGACAACUGAAGAUCUGAAGUCAAACAUUUACUCCAUUAACCAAGUCGUUCUUCCAAUGCCUGGUAACAGUGUCCAGUAUCCAUGCAACAAGCUGGCAUUGUGGUAUCAGGAAACUUUGGCUCAGGAUGGACUGAAGGAAUGUAAGUUUAGAAUCCCUGCAUUGCAACUGAACAUUCCUGGAUGCUACCGGCGCCUCCUAGCACAACCUCAGCAACUGCUGUUUCGGUGGUUAGAGGACAAGGAAGUUCCUUUUACAAAAGAAGGCUGUGAACUUGUAACUGAUGACUCCAAACAGCCUCACGAAGUGAGAGACUCUCUUUCUGUGUCCUUCAGCCUGAAUUCGUCAUGCUAUGCGACAGUCUGUUUGAGAGAAAUCAUGAAAUGCAACGUGUAAUUCUUUUCAAUUUAUUGUUAUUAACUUUAGCCACAGUCUGCCAAUCUUCCAUAUUGUUACAGAAGGUUAGAAUGCGUUUUGGAUAUUUGUUUCUGUGAAAGCCACUCAAGAACAAGUGAUGUACUUCUAUGUACCACUGUUCACACAGUUGAAGCUGUUACGAAUUUAUUUGGUUCAUCAAAGUGGGAGAGUGGCAGUGGUCAGAGGAAUCAUGCUGAAAGACAGCCCCAGAUGUUGAGAAGGCAUGAGGGGGGAUGGAAACUUUCUUCCAGAAACAUGGGGCCAAUCAUAAGAAGAAUGCUCUGUCUGCUGCCCAUCCAACAUUUGCGCAAGGUCUGAAAAGGUUCCACCCUCUCACCUAGAAAUGGCGCAAAACUAAAGGAAGACAGAUAGCAAGAAAAAUAGAAGGAGAAAGCUGUAGGCAAAGACUCCAGUUGCAGGUGAGACAAGCCAAGUCGAGGGACCUGACUAAAUAUACACUUCAGGCAUGGAACCUUUGUCCUUUGGCUGUUCAUAGUGUACACUUGUCAAGUGUCACCCCAGAGAUUGUUACAGGCCUUGACCAAUCGAACAGUUGGUUUAGAUAGAGCAAAGUUAUCUUGAAUACUGACAGAUUUUCACAGCAUAAACUAGGAGUGGCCUGUGUUACCUGCUCCUGAAAUUUAAGGUGUCCUCCUGCUCUGUAUUCCUAAUAUUUAGAAUUAGCAGACAUAAAACGUGUACGUAUUUUUUUAAGAUAACAAGGUGUAGAACUGGAUGAACACAGCAGGCCAAGCAGCAUCAGAGGAGCAGGAAAGCUGAGGUUUUGGGUCUGGACACUUCUUCAGAAACGUCAGCUUUCCUGCUCCUCUGUUGCUUGGCCGCCUGUGUUCAUCCAGCUCUACACCUUGUUAUCUCAGACUCUCCAGCAUCGGCAGUUCCCAUUAUCUCUGAACAUUUUUUUUUUUAAGAACUAGUUUUUCCACUGGAGGACUGAAAGAUAAUCCGGUGUCUGUCAUCCAAGCACCGUUUCAUAAUAUACAAAGUUAAUGAAGACAAACAACCACUUAACAUUGUGGAGAGCAUAGCAACAAGAUGUGCAUGUAUGCUGCCAAUACAGCAUCGAUGGAAACUGUUUGUUUUCAGUAGCAGUAGUGUACAUGCAACCUGAACCCAAAGUCAGGAUGUUCAUCCAGCGCUACACCUUGUUACCUGGAUUGAGACUGUGUUUUACUCAGAAUCAUUAAAACAGGUACAGCACAACAGAAGGUCACAUGGCUCCUCAUGUCUGAGCUCUCUGACCGAGAAGUUCAGCAAGUUGCAUUCCCUCACCCUUUCUCCUGCAUAAUUCUUUCUUUGGGUGUUUAUUCAAUAUCUUUUUUUAAACAAAAGCCCGAUUGUAUCUGACUUCACCAUGCUGCCAGGCCAUGCAUUCCAUAAUCUAACCAUUCACUUCAUGCUUAAGAGUCAGGUCAGCUCUUCGCAACCAGAAAUUUAAACUUGCUAGUGUGAGCACAACCAUAAUUACAUCCUUUCGGUGAGUCUGUAAAACCAGAAUGUACAUAGAGGAGGAGAUGUUUUAAAAAACAGGUGCCUACUUUUAAUGUUCUUUUUAAGUUGUAAGUUGGAAUCAAAAAUUGUUUCCAGAGUUCACAUACGUAGCUUGCAAAUCUAUCUCAGUGUACUGAAUUACUUACCUUUUCUUCUUUUUAAGAUAAAAAGAUCUUCCCUUGAUAAAAUGUCUGGUCUGUACACAUCUAUAAACCCAGCCU